AGACAAGGCAAGUGCGGGCCGUGCGGCGACCCCUGGGACGCGCCGCAGCCUCGCGAUAAUGAAGGGGGCGGCAAGUAUGGAAGAGGAGUGAUUGUGAAGAAAUACAAGCACAGCAGUAUUGUGAACCUUGGAGUCCAGCUUACAGCUAACCACAUGGGUUACUUCGAGUUCCGCCUGUGUCCCCACAAUCAGCCCAACAAGCCUGUAACGAAUGAGUGCCUGGAUCAGAAUGUUUUGCAGAAGGCUGAUGGGUCUGGCACACGGUAUUAUCCUGGUCCAGGUGCCAAGACCUUCUAUUCAAGAUACCGCCUUCCCCUUGGACUGACUUGCAAGCAGUGUGUUCUACAGUGGCGUUAUGUAGCUGGCAAUAAUUGGGGUAAAUGUGAAAAUGGCACAGGAAUGGUUGGCUGUGGACCUCAGGAACAGUUCCGGUCUUGUUCAGAUAUCACCAUCACAGAAGAAGAUGGAUAUGCUGAUGAAACACCUAGUUAUGUGCCAGACUAUGAUGAUUACAAUGAAGUUGACACAGAGACUCAGGAAGGAUUGCCCAAAGUACCUGAAGACACUGCCAACCAUGUGGGACACAUUGUCGCACUCACCCUAUCCUUCCUGUUGGUUGUGCUUGUCUUGUUUGGUCUCGUUGUAUACUUCUACUGGGCUCGUGAUGCUUUCAAAGGCUUCAUGAAGAGCCAGGCAGGGCGAUGGUCAAAGACCCCCCCACCUGUACCAACCUCCACUCAUCAAAAGAGCUCUAUUAUUACAAUUUCUGGACCUAUAGGAGCACCUCCACCAGUUCCUCCCCGCCGUCAGCGAUCCAUAUCAGGUGGAGAACCUGCUUUGAAUUCUGAUCAAAGGGAAAUACGAUCGAUUAGUGCUCCCACUAGGGUAACUAUCAAUGGCAUUGCUGUACGUCCUAGUGGUGCUGAUAAUGGCAUUUCACAAGCUCGACUUCAUGUCCCAGAUGAUUGAGCAGUGUAAUAUGUAAUCACUGUAUUAUUAAUACAAGAAUUGUUUUAAGUUUCUUUGGGAUGUAAAA